AUGGAACCUGUAAGAAGCAGAAGAGGCAGAGAGAACAACAAAAGUCCAGAGAGGCUAAUAAGGUCUUUGAAUCAUCAUCAGCAAGAUGAUGAAGAAGAAGAGGCCAAGACAAAAAGACCAAUCUUCAGAAGACUCCAAGUUGUUUACUAUCUCACUAGAAAUGGUCACCUUGAACACCCUCACUUCAUCGAAGUCAUUUCUCCGGUUAACCAACCUCUCCGGUUAAGAGAUGUGACGAACCGGCUCACGGUUUUGAGAGGGAAGUGCAUGCCAUCACAAUACGCUUGGUCAUGUAAAAGGAGCUACAGGAAUGGAUUCGUGUGGAACGACUUAGCCGAGAACGAUGUGAUUUACCCAUCGGACUGUGCUGAGUAUGUGUUGAAAGGAUCUGAAAUCGCCGAGAAAUUUGAAGAGGUACAUGUCAACAGAGCAUUGUCGGGUUCUAUUCAAGAAGCUCCAAAAGGUCGACUUCUCAGGUCAAAACCCAAACUUCACAACGGAACGGCGUCGUUUGACGACUCAGAGCUUUACGUAGGAGACGAGGAAGUAGAAGAAGACGGAGAGUACGAACUUUCCGAAGAGAAAACGAGUUACACAUCUUCCACGACGCCGCAAUCUCGCUGUUCUCGAGGCGUCUCGACGGAGACAAUCGAAUUCGCCGAGAAAAAACCAAACUUGAUCAAGACGGAACAGGAUUUGCAAGUCCGUUCUGACUCGUCCGAGUUGACUCGUUCCUACCCAGUAAAGCCACGUCGACUCGUCGUUCCGGAGCUGGUGGAAGACGGAGACCCGGUGGAUCCCGGGUCGGGUCGUGGGUCGAUCUGGCUCCAGAUGAUCUCGUGCGGGCACAUCGCCAAGCACUACGCGCCGACUCUGACGAAUUCGAGACAAAACGAAGAGAAUCUUCGAAAAGGGGUUUUGUGCAAGAACAUUGUGAAGAAGACUGUCGUGGAAGACGAACGCGAGAUGAUAAGGUUCAUGUCGGAGAAUCCAAGGUUCGGGAAUCCACAGGCGGAGGAGAAAGAGUAUUUCAGCGGGAGCAUCGUGGAAGCUGCGAGUCAGGAACGAGUCACGGCCGAGCCAGCGCUAAGGCGAUCCAACUCGUUCAACGAGUCAUCUCGACCCAAGACUGUCAAUAUGGCUAAGGAGGUCAAGGAAAAAGAAGAGAGAUCGUUCGUGAAGGUGAAAUGUAUACCGAGAAGGAAGAGCUCAUCGUGUUUAAUGUCAUCAUCAAAGCAAAUCAAGAAAUAA